AUGCAUAAGUCUGGCGUGACUCGACGUAUGUCUGUUUCACAGAUAGCCAUUGAGCAUCCAUGGGCGAAAACAAAAGAAGAUGUUGCAGCCUUCUACACUGUUGAAGAGGCUAAAGGUCUCUCCGAAGAACGAGUAAAGCGCGACUUCGAAAAAUAUGGACCCAAUGAACUACCAGCUGAAGAAGGCAAAGCACUCUGGAAACUUAUUUUAGAACAGUUCGACGAUCUUCUAGUCAAAAUUUUACUUGCUGCUGCUUGCAUUUCAUUCGUUUUAGCAUUAUUCGAAGAACAAAAAGAAGAUGAGAGUCUUGUGACAGCUUUUGUUGAACCAAUUGUCAUUCUUCUCAUUCUCAUUGCGAACGCAACUGUUGGUGUUUGGCAAGAACGUAAUGCUGAAAGUGCGAUCGAAGCACUAAAAGAAUAUGAACCAGAAAUAGCUAAAGUUGUUCGACAAAAUCGACUUGGACAAAUUCAACGAAUUAAGGCUCGAGAACUUGUACCUGGUGAUGUUGUUGAAGUAGCUGUUGGUGAUAAAGUACCAGCUGAUAUUCGUAUAACCACGAUUCACUCUACUACACUUCGUAUUGAUCAAGCACUAUUAACGGGUGAAAGUGUUUCUAUCAUUAAACAUACGGAUGCAAUACCUGAUCCACGUGCCGUCAAUCAAGAUAAGAAGAAUAUUUUAUUUUCUGGAACAAAUGUUGCAGCAGGAAAAUGUCGUGGUAUUGUUAUUGGAACUGGUUUACAUACUGAAAUCGGUAAAAUUCGAGAGGAAAUGGCUGAAGCUGAAGAAGAAAAAACACCAUUACAACAAAAAUUAGAUGAAUUCGGUGAACAACUAUCAAAAGUCAUUACUGUCAUUUGUAUUGCUGUAUGGGCUAUUAAUAUUGGUCAUUUCAAUGAUCCCGUUCAUGGUGGUUCAUGGUUUCGUGGUGCUAUCUACUAUUUUAAAAUCGCUGUUGCUCUUGCUGUAGCUGCUAUACCUGAAGGUUUACCAGCCGUUAUCACAACUUGUCUUGCAUUAGGAACACGUCGAAUGGCUAAAAAGAAUGCAAUUGUUCGAUCAUUACCAUCUGUCGAAACACUUGGUUGUACAUCAGUUAUUUGUUCGGAUAAAACAGGAACAUUAACAACUAAUCAAAUGUCUGUUUGUCGAAUGUUUAUAUUCAACAAAGCUAGUGGAAAAGAUAUUCAGAUUGAUCAAUUUGAAAUUACUGGUUCUACAUAUGAACCAAAAGGUGAUAUUAUAUUUGAAGGAGCAAAAUAUAACUGUACUGAUCGCAGUGGAUUAGUUGAACUAGCUGAAUGUGCAGCAUUAUGUAAUGAUUCAGCAUUAGAUUAUAAUGAAACAAAGAAAGUAUUUGAAAAAGUUGGUGAAGCAACAGAAACAGCAUUGACUGUUCUUGUGGAAAAGAUGAAUGUGUUCAAUACUAAUAAAUCACAAUUAUCACCACAUGAACUAGCUAUGGCUUCGAAUACAGUCAUUCGUCAAAAAUAUCGAAAAGACUUUACAUUAGAAUUCUCACGAGAUCGAAAAUCGAUGUCGACUUAUGUGACACCAACAGCUCAAGGUGCUAGUGGUGGUCAAAAUCCUAAAAUGUUUGUAAAAGGUGCACCUGAAUCAGUGAUUGAGCGAUGUACACAUGUUCGAUGUGGAACAGAAAAAGUACCAAUGACAGCACAUCUCAAACAAGAAAUCUUGAAACUAGUUCAUUUAUAUGGAACUGGUGGAGACACACUACGUUGUUUAGCUUUAGGAACUAUUGAUGACCCAGUACAGAAAGCUGAUAUGAAUUUAGAAGAUGCAACAAAAUUCAUCAAAUAUGAAACUAACAUCACAUUUGUUGGUGUUGUUGGUAUGCUUGAUCCACCACGUGAACAAGUUCAUGAAGCUAUUACUCGAUGUCGUGCUGCUGGUAUUCGUGUAAUAAUGAUUACUGGUGAUAAUAAGAAUACAGCUGAAGCUAUCUGUCGUCGAAUUGGUUUAUUCAAAGAAUCGGAAGAAACAUACGGUUUGGCAUUUAGUGGUCGUGAAUUUGAUGAUCUUUCACCAGAAGACCAAUCAGAUGCCUGUCGUUCUGCAAAAAUGUUUGCUCGUGUUGAUCCAGCACAUAAAUCGAAGAUUGUCGAGUAUUUACAAUCUCACGGUGAAAUUACAGCUAUGACUGGUGAUGGUGUUAAUGAUGCACCUGCUUUGAAAAAAGCUGAAAUUGGUAUUGCAAUGGGUUCUGGUACAGCCGUUGCUAAGUCAGCAUCUGAAAUGGUUUUAGCUGAUGAUAACUUUUCAUCGAUUGUCUCUGCUGUUGAAGAAGGUCGUGCUAUUUAUAAUAAUAUGAAACAAUUUAUUCGUUAUUUGAUUUCAUCAAAUAUUGGAGAGGUUGUGUGUAUAUUUCUGACUGCCGCACUUGGUUUACCAGAAUCUCUGAUUCCAGUUCAAUUACUUUGGGUAAAUUUGGUGACAGAUGGUUUACCAGCUACUGCACUUGGUUUUAAUCCACCUGAUUUGGAUAUCAUGGAUCGUCCACCACGUAAUCCAAAAGAAGCAUUAAUAACACCAUGGUUAUUCUUUCGUUAUAUGGCUAUCGGAACAUACGUCGGUUUUGCUGUGGUAUGGAGUGCAACAUGGUGGACGAUGGAUGCCGCCAAUGGGCCUAAACUUUCCUAUUGGCAAUUGGUGUUAUACGUAGGAGCAGGCACGGUUGGUGCCUCAUGUUGGUGGUACGUUUCGUAUCACGAUGGACCACUGUUGUCAUGGAGACAGCUGAAAAAUCACUUCAAAUGUCGUGCUGGCGGUAAAGAUUGGGAAGAUAUUGAUUGUGAUGUUUUCGAAGAUCCACAUCCAAUGACAAUGGCACUUUCAGUACUCGUUACAAUUGAAAUGUUAAAUGCACUCAACAGUUUAUCUGAAAAUCAAUCUCUUAUUAAAAUGCCACCAUGGACAAAUAAAUAUCUUUUAUAUGCAAUUGCUCUAUCAAUGUCAUUACAUAUGAUGAUUCUCUAUAUUCCAAUGUUCAAUACGGUAUUUCAUAUUUGUCCAUUAACAUUGCAAGAAUGGUUUGCUGUUAUAAAAAUAUCUAUUCCUGUUCUAUUACUUGAUGAAACAUUAAAAUUUAUAGCUAGACGUUAUGUUGACAAAACCGAAGAGGGCAACAUAUUGCAUGGUGUGUUAAGUUUAGGCAUAUUAUGGAUUGCUUAUGGCGCCGUAAUUAUGUAUUCCCCAAUAUUUCAAAGUUGGGAAGGUUUUACUCAUCAUUCAAUUGUUUCACCAAGAAAUCGUGAAUUAAACGAACAAUAA